UUUGACACAUGAUAAAUGUGUGGGAUUUAAAUCUCACUAUUAGUGACAGUAGUAUUGUAGCAUCCUCGCUAACAACAAAACUAAUGCAUCUAUCUAGUCAUUAGUGUCACUUUAGUACAGUGGCAUAUACUGUCAUACUCCUUCGUCACCUUCAUUUGAAACACGGUUAAAAAACAUACAUCUAUUUGUCAGUCACUUUAAUAUUCAAACAUAGUGAAAGCACAUAGUCUCCUGUACACUCAUCGUCAUUUGAUACAUGGUAAAGAAUGGCACUGUAGUUGGUGUCACCUUGCCGCAUUGAAUGUGUAAUAGCAGUGAGUUUUAUUGUGAAGGUUUGGGUGGAUGGGGCUCUUGUGCACGGCUGCGUGCAUGUGUGAUGUUAGGGAGUUUUUGGGUAUUUUUUUUUUCUCCACACAUCACAUCUGAGCCUCAGAGAGGAGGAAGCCUCUUGAGUUUCUCUCCAACAAAACAUCUCAGGAGAUUUUUAUUUUUCUUCAUCACCCCCAAAAGGAAUUUGGGGGUUUUCUUUUUUUUUGUUAGUUUUGUUUUGUUUUGCGGAUGCUUUGCAUCAAAGGAUGGACAAGUACGAGAAGAUGGGAAAGAUCGGCGAGGGUUCGUACGGCGUGGUCUUCAAAUGUCGCAACAGAGACUCUGGGCAGAUCGUGGCCAUCAAGAAGUUUGUGGAAUCGGAGGAUGACCCCACCAUCAGGAAGAUCGCGCUCAGGGAAAUCAGGAUGCUCAAGCAACUGAAACACGGCAACCUGGUGAAUCUGAUCGAGGUGUUUCGCCGCAAGAGGAAGCUUCACUUGGUCUUCGAGUACUGCGACCACACGGUGCUCCAUGAGCUGGACCGACAUCCCCAAGGCGUUCCUGAGCAUUUGGCGAAGAGCAUCACGUGGCAGACGCUUCAGGCCGUCAACUUUUGCCACAAGCACAACUGUAUCCACAGAGACGUGAAGCCCGAGAACAUUCUCAUCACCAAACAGCACAUCAUCAAACUCUGCGACUUCGGCUUCGCCAGGAUUCUCACGGGGCCGUGCGACUCGUACACGGACUACGUGGCCACCCGCUGGUACCGUGCCCCCGAACUGCUGGUGGGGGACACGCAGUACGGCCCCCCCGUGGAUGUGUGGGCCGUCGGCUGCGUCUUCGCCGAGCUCCUCUCCGGCAUUCCGCUGUGGCCCGGCAAGUCCGACAUGGACCAGCUCUACCUGAUCCGCAAGACCCUCGGAGAUCUGAUCUGUCGCCAUCAGCAGGUUUUCAGCACCAAUCACUUCUUCCAUGGCCUGUCCAUCCCGGAACCUCAACAAAUGGAACCUCUGGAGCUGAAAUAUCCAAACCUCUCCCACCAAACACUCAGUCUCAUGAAGGCUUGUCUUCGUAUGAACCCAAGCGAGCGUCUCGCGUGCGAGCAGCUGCUGCAGCAUCCUUACUUUGACAGCAUGAGACACAAAAGCCUCCCCAACGCUAAACAGAUCAACAUCAACACGGGGCAUGAUCGCCAUGGUAACAGGAGGACCCGCCUGCCGCGCAAACACCUGCCCGCCGGGUGUUUGCCUCAGCUGACGGGGAGCAGCAUCUUCCCUGCUCCGGACACCAAGAAGUACUUUCACAACCUCAACAAGUUCAACUACCACCUGCCCAACAUCUAGAAACACGUGGACUCGUGCCUCAACAAGACUCAGGAAAUGAAACUGGAGCUGAGCGACUGACAUUCGUCGGUAUCUUUUCCUCUUAUUAUUUUCAAGCGUUAGCUAGCUAGUUUAUGGAGGACAAGGAUCAUCGCGUGACGCCACGCUCCGCUCGUCAACGACAUGGAAGAUUUUGCCAAAUCUUCUGCACUGCAAGUCAAGUAGGACGCCACUUUUUUUUCUUGACUCUCUCAAUUUUAUUUAUUGAAAUCAGCACAACGAUCGUAAUAAAUAAGUCGAGACGAUCCCACAUUGGUGCUAUGGACGUCCGCAGCCGUCUCGGUGUGGAAAUGCCAAAUUAAUCGUGAAAAUUUCCGUGCCCCAAUUAAAGGCUCCUUCAUGUUGCGUUAGCUAUGGAUCAAAUGUUGCAAUACCACCAGGAACCUGUGGUGGAGGGCUGAAAUCGUCAGCUUAAAUUAGUGCUGCCUUGAGAUACGAGUUCGAUGUGUUUUGCGACCACGCUCGGAACACAAAAGAUUGACAUCUCAAAUAUUUUCCCGUUAAAAUGCAAUGAAUGUGUUUCAGCCACCCGCCCCACCCCUCAAGAAUAAAAUCAAAGAAAUUAUUGUAAUGUGUAAUUUACUUCGGAAAAGUAUCACUCCGUAAUGUUGUUCUUUAUAAAAACUUGCAUUGACACAAUUAAAUAGAACCCAACCCAAAAGAAUGAAACCGUUUUUGUCACACUGCUUUCCUACCUAGGGGGCAGUGUCAACAGUAUGACACUAAUACUUGUCAUUCUACGCAGGGGAUAAGGAAAGUAUGACUAAGUAUGUUAUCGGGCCUGUCUGCUAACCUACGUGGUUGUUUAAAUACACAAGAUGUACAAUAUUUUUGUUUUGCAGACAACCUCAACUGGGAAUGGCAACAAACAGCUAAGUCUCAUUUUUUCAAGAAUUGAGCCGCUUAUUGUGAAUUGAGUUGAGCCUCUAACAAUGUACUGUGCUCGCUUCGCAAGUCAAAGCAAAAAAACAAAACAAUAAAACAUCGGCCCUUAUCUCCAAAAACGUCGAGAUACUCACGUCUCAAGGCAGCAAAAUACUGUUGUUCUCAAACAUUAUGACUGUAAAUCUCUGUAUUGUAAUGCAGUUUGAACAUUAUCAUGCAAUUAAUUAUCCAUUAGAAAAGGUGUAUUUCAAUGAUUCAAUUCAAAUGUAUUGCGAAUACAAGGUAACUAAAAAUGGUACCUAAAUGAAAGUUUAAAAUCAAAGGUUUGAAGAUAACAUAAAUACAACUGAACUGUACUUGGGCAGCCAUUCUUUUGCCUACCACUAGAGGGAGCCCACGUACCACACUUUAAGUCUCACUGGCCCAAGAGCAUAAUUGGCAAAGUCAAUUUUAAAACUCCUGUCACAAUUCGGGCCCUACCGACAUGGAGUUUUUUAUGUUUAUGCCGAUUCUGAUUCGUGGCAGAGUAAAAUUUCGAUAAUUGAAUAAUCGUCAGAUUAUGUAAAAAUACACAUACUUUAUAAAAACUGUUUUUGGUCAAUAAAGAUAUUGAGUUUAAUAUUUUUUAAACUUUACAACAGUUUUGUUGCCUUUUUUUGGGGUGGGGGGGUCAUUAUCUUUGUCUUAGUUGUUAUGUGUUAAGUUGUUAAAAACAAACAAACAUGCAUGUACUUGGAUUUUGAUUUAUUCGGCCUGAUAAACAGAAAUGCUAACUGGCUGAACACGUCAAGAAAAAGCCGCUGGCCAAAAAA